AUGAGAGCAGAGAUAACCGAAAAUAACGACAAAAAAAAUAAGUUUAAAGAUUCUAGGACAGUAAGCGAUUUAGAUAAGCCGUAUUGGAAAAUAUACAAAUUUAAAAACAAUAUAAAUAAGCAAUUUGAAGAAUUUGGUAUGUUCAUAACAAAAAUAUUAGAAGAGAUUCCGGAAACGCCGUUAACCAUAAAGGACAAAUUUAAACAUACUGUUCUUAUGAAAACCAAAAAAUCAGAAUUGAUAGAAAAAGUUUUCGGAGAUAUGACUGAGAAUACCUGCGAACUAGUCAAGACUGCUAACAAUAUGCUCUCAGAACUCAUAAUCAAUAUUUAA